AGAAAAUAGCAAACAAUCCAGAUAGCAGGGAAUGCAUCAAUGGUGUGAACACAGGAAUUCUCGUGGAUCUAAUCACCAACCGAUUUUGCUCUGCCCCAGCAAGAUCUGUUUCUAGACUGCUGAGCAGAUCUCGCCUCCAAAGCCCUAAAACAGGAUCGUUAAGUCAGACUGACAGAAGCACAGACCCCGCCCCGAGCCCGCCCUGUCCCGGCCCCGCCCUCGGCCCCCGGCCCGGCCUGUAGGUUGCGCGCGCAAUUGCAUGCAGACCCGGAAGUCGAGGUCGUGGAGUGAACGUUUCGCGCGCUUUUUCCAGUAGACCCGGCAGCGGAUUGCGUGGAAAGACCGUCUAGCCGCCACCCGAUUCACUUUCAAAGAGACAUAUUAUGCAAGGAGGCAACUCAGAAGAGGAAAGAAAAGAAGUCAGGAAUGGCCCUUACUCAGGGGCAAUUGUCAUUCAGGGAUGUGGCCAUAGAAUUCUCUCAGGAGGAGUGGAAAUGCCUGGACCCUGGGCAGAAAGCUUUAUACAAGGAUGUGAUGUUAGAGAACUACAGGAACCUGGUCUCCCUAGGAAUCUGUCUUCCUGACCUGAGUGUUAUCUCCAUGUUGGAGCAAAAGAGAGAUCCCUGGACUCUGCAGAGUGAAGUGAAAAUAGCAAAGAAUCCAAAUGGUAGGGAGUGCAUCAAAGGUGUAAACACAGAGAAGAGUUCUAAAUUGGGAAGCAAUGCAGGAAACAAGUCACUUAAAAGUCAACAUGGAUUAACUCUUCAGUUACAUCUGACUGAAUGGCAGCCAUUUCAAGCUGUAAGGAAUAUUUAUGGAUGUAAGCAUGUUGAAAAAUCUAUCAGUGACAAUUCUUCAGUUUCACCAGUUCAAAUAAGUUUUUCCAAUGUCAAAACCCAUAUUUUUAAUAACUACAGAAAUGAUUUUCUUUUUUCUACAUUACUCCCACAAGAACAGAAAGUGCACAUUAGGGAAAAGCCUUAUGGAUGUAAUGAGCUUGGGAAAGUCUUCAGAGCGUCUUCAAGCCUUACUAACCAUCAAGUAAUCCACAUUGCAGAUAAAACUUACAAAAGUAGUGAGUGUGGCGAGAUCUUUAGUAGCAAUUCAAACUUUGCACAACAUCAACGAAUCCAUACUGGAGAGAAGUCUUACAAAUAUAAUGAAUGUGGCAAAGUCUUCAAUCAGAAUUCACACCUUGCACAACAUCAGAAAAUUCAUACUGGAGAGAAACCUUACAAUAAUAAUGAAUGUGAGAAAGUCUUUAGUCACCAUGCCUACCUUGCACAACAUAGGAAAAUUCAUACUAGAGAGAAGCCUUACAAAUGUAGUGAAUGUGGCAAAGCAUUUAGUGUGUGUUCCAGUCUUACUGCUCAUCUUGUAAUCCAUACUGGAGAGCAACCUCAUGAUUUUAAGGAAUGUGGCAAGGUCUUCAGGCAGAAGUCUUCCCUAACCACUCAUCAGACAGUUCAUACUGGAGAGAGACCAUACAAAUGUAAUGAAUGUGGCAAGGGCUUUAGUCGAAUUGCACUCCUUGCAAGGCAUCAGAAAGUUCACACUGGAGAGAAACCUUACAAAUGUAAUGAGUGUGGCAAGGUCUUUAUUGGCAAUUCACGCCUUGCACGACAUAGGAAAAUUCAUACUGGGGGGAGGCGUUACAAAUGUAAUGAAUGUGGCAAAACAUUUAGAUCGUGUUCAGAUCUCAGUGCCCAUCUUCUAAUCCAUACUGGAGAGAAACCUUAUAAAUGUGUACACUGCGGCAAGGUCUUCAGGCACAAGUCUUCCCUAACGUAUCACUGUAGAAUUCAUACUGGAGAGAAGCCUUACAAAUGUAACGAAUGUGGCAAGGUCUUCAGUCAGAAUUCAAACCUUCAACGCCAUAGGAAAAUUCAUACUGGAGAGAAGCUUUACAAAUGUAAUGAAUGUGACAAGGUCUUCCGUCAGAAUUCACACCUUGCACAACAUAGGCAUAUUCAUACUGGAGAGAAGCCUUACAGUUGUAAUGAAUGUGGCAAGGUCUUCCGUCGGAAUUCACACCUUGUGCGACAUAGGAAUAUUCAUACUGGAGAGAAGCCUUACAGUUGUAAUGAAUGUGGCAAGGUCUUCAGUCGGAAUUCACACCUUGCGCGACAUAGGAAUAUUCAUACUGGAGAGAAGCCUUACAGUUGUAAUGAAUGUGGCAAGGUCUUCAGUCGGAAUUCACACCUUGCGCGACAUAGGAAAAUUCAUACUGAAGAGAAACUUUACAAAUGUAAUGAAUGUAGCAAGGUCUUCAGUCGGAAUUCACGCCUUGCACAACAUAGGAAUAUUCAUACUGGAGUGAAGCCUUACAGUUGUAAUGAGUGUGGCAAGGUCUUUAGUAAAAAUUCCAUCCUAGUAAAACAUUGGAGAAUUCAUACCAGAGAGAAGCCUUAAAAAUUUAGUGAAGCUGGCAGGGUGCAGUGGCUUAUGCCUGUAAUCCCAGGACUUUGGGAGUCCAAGGUGGGUGGAUCAUGAGGUCAGGAGAUUGAGACCAUCCUGGCUAACACGGUGAAACCCCAUCUCUACUAAAAAUACAAAAAAAAAAAAAAAAAUUAGCUGGGUGUGGUGGCAGGCACCUGUAGUCCCAGCUACUCGGGAGGCUGAGGCAGGAGAAUGGCAUGAACCUGGGAGGCAGAGCCUCCAGUGAGCCAAGUGAGCCACUGCACUCCAGCCUAGGUGACAGAGCGAAACUCCAUCUCAAAAAAAAAAAAAAGUGAAGCUGCCAAGCGUGGUGGCGCAUGCCUUUAAUCCCAGUACUUUGGGAGGCCAAGGUGGCCAGAUCACCUGAGGUUGGAAGUUCGAGACCAGCCUGACCAACAUGGAGAAACCCUGUCUCUACUAAAAAUACAAAAUUAGCUGACAGAGGUGGCGGGCACCUGUGAUCCCAGCUACUCAGGAGGCUGAGGCAGGAGAAUUGCUUGAACCUGGGAGGCGGAGGUUGUGGUGAGCCGAGAUUGCAACAUUGCACUCCAGCUUGGGCAAGAGGAGCAAAACUCUUUCUUUAAAAAAAAAAAAAAAAAAUUUAGGAAGCCUUACAAAAGUAAUAAAUAUGGCAAAGAAUUUCAUAUGAAAUCAUGCCUCUCUACCCAUCUAUUAAUCCAUACUGGAAGGAAACCAUACAAAUAUAAAGAAUACAAGAAGGUCUUCAGGCACAUGUUUUCCCUAACCUCUCAUCAAGAGAAUUCACACUGGUAAUUGACCUUAAACAUGUAACAAGUGUGGCAAGGUCUUCACUUAAAAUAUACACCUUGUAAACUCAGAAUCCAUACUGGAGAGAAACCUUACAAAUGAAUGACAGUGUCUUCAAAUAAAAUGCACAUCUGGCACAACAUGGGAAAAUUCAUACUGUAGAGGUACCUUUUAAAUGUAACAAAUGUGGCAAAGUCAAAGUCACAGUUCACACCUUGCACAUCAAAUAAUUCAUACCGAAGGCUGGGUGCAGUGGCUCAUGCCUGUAAUCCCAGCACUUUCGGAGGCUGAUGCGGAUGGAUCAGUUGAGGUCAGGAGUUUGAGACCAGCCUGAUCAACAUAUUGAAACCCCAUCACUACUAAAAAUAAAAAAAAUUAGCUGGGUGUGGUGGUGGGUGCCUGUAAUCCCAGCUACUCAAGAGGCUGAGGCAGGAGAAACACUUAAACCCAGGAGAUGGAGGUUGCAGUGGCCAAGAACGUGCUACUACACUCCAGCCUGUGUGACAGUGAGAUUCCAUUUAAAAAAAAAAAAAAGAAUUCAUACUGGAAGGAAGCAUUACAAAUGUAAUGAAUGCGGCAGAACAUUGAGAAGGUGUUCAGAUCUUACUGUUCAUUUUGUAAUCCAUAGUGAAGAGAAGUCUUUUUUUUUUCUUUUCCAAAACAGUCUUGCUGUGAUGCCCAGGCUGGAGUGCAGUGGUGCAAUCUCAUCUCACUGCAACCUCCACCUCCUGGGUUCAAGCAAUUCUCCUGCCUCUACCUCCGGAGUAGCUAGGACUACAAGCACAUGAUGCCAUCAUGCCUGGCUAAUUUUUUGUAUUUUUAGUAGAGAUGGGGUUUCACUGUGUUAGCCAGGCUGGUCUCGAUCUCCUGAUCUCGUGAUCCACCUGCCUUGUUCUCCCAAAGUGCUGGGAUUACAGGUGUGAGCUGCUGCACCCAGCCUGAGAAAUCAUAUGAAUAUUUAGAAUGUACUCCAGGCAUCGUGGCUCACACCUAUAAUCCCAGCACUUUGGUAGGCCAAGGUGAGAGGAGUGCUUGAACCCAGGAGUUUGAGACCAACCUGGGUAACAUAAGGACAACUCCAUCUCUACAAAUAAUAAAAAUUUAGCCAGGUGUGUUGGUACAUGCCUGUAUUCCCAGCUACUUGGGAGGCUGAGGCAGAAGGAUCAUUUGGGCCUAGGAGCUUGAGGCUGCAGUGAGUCAUGUUUACAGUACUGCACUCCAGCCUGGGUGACGGAGUGAGACCCUAUCUAGAAAUACAAACAAACAAACCAUGUGAAAGAUUUUCAGUCACAAGUAUUCCCUAACCAAUCACUAUAGAAUUCAUACUGCAGAGAAGCCUUACAAAUGCAGUGAAUGUGGCAAAGCAUUUAGGUAAU